CCAGGCUACCACCACCAAUGUGAUGAAAAGUUUCGAGAACAAACAAAUAAUGAUCAAGGAGAAAAGCCAAAGCCCAAAAUGGCCUUUCUUUACAUUAUCACCAUUGGAGAAAACACUAAUUAUUACGAGGCCGCAGACCUGAGAAUGAGGUUGUGAUUGUUAGAGGGAGGGCGGGUAUACGGUCCGGUCCGGUUAAAUUGAACUAAAUUGAUUCGGUUUCAGUCAGGUCUUUUUGGAAUAUAAGGACCAAAGAUUGGAUUGGAUACAAUCUGGUCUUGAUCCGGUCCGGUCCCAAUUUGAUCUUAAUUUUAGGUGUUGGGGGUCUCUUAUUUGGUCUUUAUCCGAGUUUUUUUACCUCAAAUUUAAGCCCGAAUAUGAGAUUGAAUUGUUUGCUAUCCAGUCCCACUCCAGUCCCGGUCUGGGUUAUACGGUCCGGUUUCGGGUAAAACCAAACAGUUCGGACCAAAUAGCUAGCCCUAGUUAGAGGCACCAGUUUGAAUUUAAAUGAUUUAGAUUGAAGUUUUGACGUUAUUCUAGUGUUUUUUUUAAUGAUAGUCAUUGACAAUAAAACUAUCAUACUCGUCUAAUCCACUCAUCUGAGCUCGUCGAUGUUCAUAAAGGUCGAAAUUUACUGCAAAUGACGAAUUUAUUUUCCAUAACGAAAAACAAAAUUAUAUGAUUGUACAACGCUUGAAAACUAAUGAAUAUAUAUAUAUAUAUAAAAAAAUUACAUCCUUUCCCAUGUUCGACGAAACCCAUGUUCAUCUUUCGUCUCCUAUACAAAAUCAAAGCACAUCUCAAAUUCUCAAUCAUGGAGCAUAAAAUAAUUAAUAACUCAAUUAAUUACAAGGAUUCCUAAACUUCAUGUACGCGUUGACAAAAUACAAGAUUUAGCAGCCAUGAUGACAAUGUGACCGGAUGCUUACUCGGUGUAUGAUGCAGCCAUGACGACCAUAUGAUGUGCCGUGGCAGUUGAAGGUUCUCGUUCAAUGUACGUAUAUAAAUAUAGAUCAUCACAAAUGGACAAAACCUUGUUCAGUUCACUAGCCAUCGUGCGACCUUAAAUCAACAAUUCAACCCCUCUUUCUCAAUCCCUAUAUAUGAUGAAACCAUAAAGCAGGUGAAACCCAUAUUAUCAUUCAUCAAUCAUCCCUCCAAUUCCCACAAGAAAAAGAUCAAACUCUCUAAAAGCUAGACUCGAUCGAGAUGGUUCAGAAGCACCACGUGGUCGUGUUCUCGUCUCCUGGAAUGGGCCACCUCAUCCCGCUCGUCGAGCUCUCCAAGAAGCUCGUCACGGCCCACGACCUGUCCAUCACCCUUAUCAUCCCGUCCUUGGGGCCACCUCCCAAAGCUCAAGCUCACGUGCUCGAGUCGCUCCCACCCGGUUCGAUCAACCACCUCCUCCUCCCUCCGUCCGAUCCGUCCAAGUUCCCGACCGGUUCCCGAAUCGAGACCCUGAUCUGUCUCACCGUCGCCCACGCGAUUCCCGCGCUUCGUGAUUCGCUCAGGUCACUGGUCGAGAGGGUUGGAAGGCCGGUAGCUCUGAUUGCUGACUUCUUCUGCACCGACACGUUCGACGUUGCCAGGAAAUUCGGGGUGCCGAGUUACCUGUUCAUCCUCAUGAAUGCUACGGUAUUGUCGAUGUUACUUCAUCUCCCGAGGCUCAACCAGGAGGUGUCUGGUGAGUACGGGGACAUGGAUCGCCCUAUCCGGCUCCCCGGUUGCAGGGUCGAUCUCCCCGGUCCGGAUCUGCCCGACCCACUUCUCGACCGGAAGGACGACGCCUACAAAUGGUUCAUGCACAACGCCAAACGUUUAAAUCUGGUGGAUGGAUUCCUGGUAAACAGCUUCACGGAAUUGGAAGGAGAGACCAUUCGGUAUUUGCAAGAGAAUCCCGGACCCGAGAAGAAACCGGUCUACCCGGUUGGACCCAUCAUCCAAUCCGGCCAAUCCAACGGUUCGACCGAUCCGAGCGGGUGUUUGGAAUGGCUGGAUGAUCAGCCAACCGGUUCGGUGGUGUUCAUUUCGUUCGGCAGCGGCGGGACUCUGUCUUCGAAACAGCUGAAAGAGCUGGCAUUGGGUCUGGAGAUGAGCGAGCAACGUUUCCUCUUGGUGGUGAGAAGCCCCAACGACGCGGCCACCGACGCCUCGUAUUUCAGCGCGAAGAGCGCUUCGAACCCGCUCGAUUUCCUGCCCGAUGGGUUCGUGGAGCGAACCAGAGGCAGAGGCAUGGUGGUUCCGUCGUGGGCGCCGCAAAUCCAAGUGCUUGGCCACCGGGCCACGGGCGGUUUUGUGAGUCACUGCGGGUGGAACUCGACGCUGGAGAGCAUUGUGAAUGGGGUGCCGCUGAUUGCCUGGCCGUUGUACGCGGAGCAGAGGAUGAACGCCGUGCUGCUGGAGAAGGAUAUGGAGAUCGCGUUACGGCCGGAAGCAGGGGAGGACGGGGUGAUCGGGAGGGAAGAGAUCGCGAGGGUCGUGAAGGGUCUGAUGCAAGGGGAAGAAGGUGCGGCGGUUCGUGAGAGAAUGGCGAAGCUGAAGGUGGCGGCGGCGGAGGCAAUGAAGGAAGGAGGUUCUUCCACCAAGUCGUUGGGUGAAUUGGUUUCUAAGUGGGGAGAAGUGUCAUUAGAAUAGACUAUUGACCAAAAUAAUAAUUAGUUGAUUUUGUUUUCAUUGUCAUGAAUUGUAUUCUCUUUGUGCAGCUGUGCUCUCCAUUAUUUGUUUUCAAGGUCCAUUUAAUAAUUGACUUGAGCUUUUAUUUUUUGUUGGUGGUAGUUAGCAACUUAGCAUUAUUAGCGUUGUCGUUAAUAACAGUUCCUUGUAUCCAAUACGAAGCCCUCUGCCUCUCAAACAGGUUUCUUGCCGACUGUCCAUCUUACCUCGGUACAUUCAUAGGUUCUUCACUGACAGUUUUGGAGGUGUGUUGUUCAUAGCAUUUCAGUUUGAUGCUGUUGUUUGAAACUUCUUAGUUGGUGAUGAUGUUAUCCGAAAUAUUAUGAUAGCUAUGUUGUUGUGAAUUUGGAGAUUUGUAUAGUUUUGUGCUUUAGUUUCGUGAUAAGUAUUGUACGGAGUAUUCCUAAUUUUUUUUAAAAGAUAAAACUACUUUGACAAGACAUCUUGUCACUUCUCUUUCUUCUCCAUUAAUGUUCUGCAAGGAAAUGCCUUCUUUGACAGUGAUGUAUUUUGGGAUUAGUAGUUGAUGAGUAUUUUAUACAGUUGCUUUGUAUGAUUUUUAAAUUGUUGGUAAGUAAUUAACAUCAAUUUUUUUAGGGGUCAUUUGGUUUGGAUGAUAGUUUGCUUGAGAUAGUUACAAAGUAUGCAUUGUCCAUAAUAGUUUUUUUAUUUAUUUUUUGCACAAACAAUACAUGCAUUAUUUGUUUGAUGUGACACAAACUAUCACUCAAAAUGAUUAAAUUAGUGAUAGUUAAAUAUCAAAUUUUGGAUAAGAUAGUUUGGUAGAUAUUGUUGGUUUUUUUUUUUCAACUAUGUCCCUACCAUUUUAUGUGUGUUGCUUUUUUUAAUAUUACAAAAGGGUAAAAGUGACAUUUCACACAAAAGUAAUAUAACUUAACUAUACAUUUCCUAACUAUCAUAUAAACCAAACGACUGACUAAUGUCAUGACACGAGUACUAUUAUGUAAUUUGUUAUAGAAUUAUUAUUUUUUUAUAGUUCUAGAAGUUAUAUAUUUUCCUAAACUUUUUUAAAUAGAAAAUGGACUAAUUAUAAGUGGUCAAUUUAUAGAACCCAAGACGGCUCAAUAUUUGGUAUGAACCCAAUAGAUGAAAACUAGAUACUAACAUAGUCAUGAGUUUUAUGACAACUUUAGCUAAACCCAAUAUAUAUGAACUUAGAUAUACCCGAUAUUGGAGUGGCGGAAUUGCGGAAUUGCUGCUUUGUAAUUUGUAUAUUAUCAAGUAUAAUGAAAAUGGUGUCUCAUU